GCUGACCUAAAACACCAAGUUGUAGUUCUCUUAGGAUUUGCAGCAGGUUUUGCAGCAUUAGUUUUAAUAUUCCACAGUUACAUACAUUUUCAGUAUCAGAUUAUUUGGCUCCAAGAGAGAGAGAGAGAGAGAGAUAGAGAGAUGAAAAUGUCAACUGGGUUCUUCCUCCUCCUCCUUUUGAUGCUCUGUGCAAGUUCAGUUCGUGCGCAGCGCCGGAUAGACUUCAUAAGCAUUGAUUGUGGUUCUCCCUCGAAGCUCUACGAAGACACGGAUACGAACAUAACAUACUCACCGGAUGGAGAUUACAUAGACACAGGGAUAAACCAGAACAUCUCUUCUGAAUUUAUGUAUCCAAACAAUCCCAACCUCCCUUUCCCUCUCUCAGACCUCAGGAGUUUUCCUCAAGGAAACAAAAAUUGCUACGUGUUGAAACCCGAAGCAGGAAAUGGCAGUUUGAAUUUGAUUAGAGCUACCUUCUUGUAUGGAAACUACGAUGGAGAAAACAAGCUGCCCGAAUUUGAUCUCUAUCUCGGCGUCAACUUUUGGUCGACAGUGAGGUUUGAAAAUGCUUCAGAUAUUGUUACUAAGGAGAUUAUAGGUUUUGCAGAAUCAAAUACCGUGGACAUUUGUCUAAUAAAUAAAGGGUUGGGAACUCCUUUCAUUUCAGCGUUGGAAUUUAGACCGCUUAAUAGCUCAACUUAUGGUACUGAAUUUGGGACUUCUGCAUCAUUAGUACUCAUUGAAAGACUGGACAUUGGACAAGGCAAUGGAACAGGUCGAUAUGGAGAUGAUGUUUAUGAUCGCAUUUGGUCACGUCACAUUUCACCUUCUUGGGAUCCAAUUAGUACUUCUUCGUCGAUUACUACCUAUGAGAACGGUUAUAGAGUGCCAUUGGAAGUAAUCCGGACUGCAGCUACACCUCAGAAUGCAAGUGAACCCUUAAAUUUGUACUGGAACACAACUGACAUGAAUGCUCGGUUUUAUGUUUUUAUGUACUUUGCUGAAGUGGAGAAACUUGAGAAGAAUCAGUCAAGAAAAUUCAAAAUAUCAUGGAAUGGAUCUCCAUUGUUUGGACCAUUCACUCCCCGUUACUUACAGGCAGACGUGAUAUCUAAUUCAAGAGCUCUGGUGGGAAAGGAUCACGAAAUUUCUUUACACAAGACAGAGGACUCUUCCCUUCCGCCGAUUCUGAAUGCUGUUGAAGUUUUCCAAGUUAUGCAGCUGGUUGAAUCACCUACUUAUGGUGAAGAUGCUGAUGCCAUAACGAACGUCAAAACUACAUAUCAAAUAAAAAAAAUCUGGGCUGGUGAUCCUUGUGGACCUAGGAAUUUCUCUUGGGAAGGACUAGAAUGCAACUACAGCGUUUCGCUUCCUCGGAUUAUUUCCCUAAACUUGAGUUCAAGCAAUUUGAAUGGGAUAAUAGCUGCUUCCAUUGCCAAUCUCUCAUCACUGGAGUCCUUAGAUUUGUCGAACAAUAACCUAACCGGGCCAGUGCCUCAGUUCUUGGAAGAACUAAAGUCGCUCACUCUCUUGAAUUUGAAAGGCAAUCAAUUGUCUGGUUCAGUUCCAAACGCUCUUCGCGAGAGAUCAGAAGCUGGAUUACUUGUACUGGGUGUGGAUACCGAAAAUCUUUGUGGCUCGGGUUCAUGCAAAAAGAAGAAGAAAAUUGUUGCUCCAAUAGUUGCGUCGUUAGUAUCAGCACUAGCAGUCGUUAUAGUGCUGAUGCUAGCAUGGAAAUUGAGAAGAAAAAGAGAAUCAGGUACAGAAGCAGAACCCUUUAACAAAACAGCUAUAGCAUCAAAGAAGUGCCAGUUUACUCAUGAGGAGGUUUUAGAUAUCACCAAAAACUUACAAACCUCAAUCGGGAAAGGAGGAUUUGGGACUGUGUACCAUGGUUGCAUGAAAGACGGAACCCAAGUUGUGGUAAAAAUGCUUUCUGCAUCAUCAACUCAAGGACCUAGGGAGUUCCAAACAGAGGCUGAGCUCCUGAUGAGAAUCCAUCAUAGAAACUUGGCCUCGUUUAUUGGAUACUGCGAUGAUGCGAACAACUUGGCACUUAUAUACGAGUACAUGGCUAAUGGCAACCUAAAAAACUCUCUCUCAGAUGCAGAAAGGAGUUCGCAGAUGACAUGGGAAAUGAGACUUCAUAUAGCAAUCGAUGCUGCACAAGGUCUCGAGUACUUGCAUCACGGAUGCAAGCCGCCUAUUGUCCACAGAGAUGUGAAGACAGCCAACAUUCUCUUAAGCGAAAACUUGGAAGCUAAAAUAGCGGAUUUUGGACUUUCCAAGGUUUUUGCUAGUGACAUUGAGACUCAAGUGAACAGCCGGAUAUCUUGAUCCAGUAUACUACAAUUGCCAAAGGCUGAAUGAAAAGAGUGAUGUGUAUAGUUUUGGGGUAGUUCUAUUAGAGCUAAUCACUGGCCAACCUGCAGUGAUAAAAAGUGAUGACGUAAUCCACAUAGCAACGUGGGUGAGUUCUAAGCUCGAAAAAGGGGAACUUAAAUGUAUUGUAGAUCAAAGGAUGCAAGGAGAGUUCGAUGAGCAUUCGGUCUGGAAAGCGUUAGAGAUAGCAAUGGCGUGCACAACCUCUACUUCCCAACACAGAGUCGCAAUGGAUGUUGUAUUGUCUGAGCUCAAAUAUUGCUUGGAAAUGGAGUUGUCUAGGCAUCGAGAAAGAACUCCAAGAUCAAUAGAAGAACUUCGCGCUGCGUUUGGGCCGUAUAAUCAUAGUUCACCUGAAGUUCUCUCCGUGUAUACAGAUUCCACAAAUGUUGAUUCCAUGACCGGACCGUUUCCUAGGUAACUGGUGACAUUUUCGGCUAGUUGACGAAGAAGAUAUAUACAUACUACAAUAUCCAUAAAGUUCUUUUUCUUUCUUUGAUCUUUUUGCAUAUUACUUUGUAUUUCUUUCUGCAUAUAUUAUACAUGUUUGGAAGUGCUUUUAAAAUAAAAUAUAGAAGCACUUUAUUAAAAACACUUAUGAGCAUAAGUAUUUUUUAAAGAAGCAUUUCUAAAUGGCUUGUAAUUCAUUUUGAGUUUUUUAUUUGGUAUACAAGUUUUCACUUCAUUUUUUUGUUCAAUGGAGUAAAUCAAUCCAAAUUAUGUUAC